CGUACAGAAUUAUGGUCCCUAUGAUAUACAUACACUAAUACAUUGAUAUAUUAAUACAGACAUGCUUGUCAGGAAAAAUCUUAUUGGCCAAUUGUUGGAAAAGUAGAAUAUCAGAAACUACCAAGAACCAACACACCAUUAAUCCACUAUCCAAGUUCGUCAACCCCAAGUCAUCUCUCUUGAUAAUCAGCUUGUUCUAAUCUCUCACAAACUUAAAUUGCUAAGCAGAACUCACAACAGUUCCGACGACGAUUUUCAGAUUUUCAAGGCAUAGAGUUUCCAACAGUUGAGUCCUUCGCAGGCCCUGGAUCAAGUUAAUUUCCUCAUGGCUGAUAACAUAUUAGCUUCUUGUCUUGCGGGAGUCGUGAGCCAAGCUGGGGGUGAUAUAACUGAUUAUGCUAAAAGCAAAGUCUGUAUAUCACAGAGUAUGGAAAGAAACUACGAAAUGAUGAGAAAUGAAGUAGCAAGGCUCCAGGCUCUGAGGGAUGAUUACGAAAGGGAAGUCAAGAAACAUAAAAUGAAGACAACUACUAGCAGUUAUGAUUUUUGGCUACGCAGUGUUAACAAGACUCUUCAUAAUGCAAAAGAGUUAGAACAUCAAUUUGAAGAAGAUCAUGAAAAGCUGUCAUCCAGAUUCAUUCAUAUGAGGCAACGAUCGAAUUAUAAUGGAAAAUUGGUGAAAAUGCUUGAAGAAAUUCAAAAGCUUGUGGAAGGGGGGAAAUUUCUGGGGGGUUUUUUGGUUGACAAACCUAUAGAACCUGUCUUGAAGAUGAACGCACCUGAGAUCAAAGGGUUUAAUAGCCUGCAGAGGCCAUUGGAGCAAGUAUUGGAGCUGUUGAGAAACGACAAGUUGAAAGGUAUUGGGAUUUGGGGCACUUUGGGGGUUGGGAAAACAACAAUAAUGCAGAACUUGAAUAACCAUGACGAAGUAGCUAAAAUGUUUGAUAUAGUCAUUUGGGCAAAUGUCUCCAGUGAGAGGAGUGAAGAAAAAUUGCAGGAGGAUAUUGCACGGCGGCUUAAACUAAAAAUGAAAGGCAUUGUUCAUCCUGAGGACAUUGCUAGAACAAUAUCGGAAGAAUUGAAUGACAAGAAGUAUUUGCUGCUUUUGGAUGAGGUGAUGGACUCAAUUGAGUUGGAAGAUAUUGGAAUCCCUGUCAACAAUAAUGGCAGUAAAGUGGUAUUGACAACUGAAUAUCGUCAUGUUUGUUCUUUAAUGGCAGACAGAUUGAUUGAGGUCCGCCCACUAUCGCCAGAUGAGGCAUGGAAGAUGUUUCAGCAGAUGAUCAUUGAUGUCGUAGAUCUUCCUGAUAUUGAACCAGUUGCUCAGCUGGUGGCUAAAGAGUGUGCUCGACUCCCACUGCUGAUCAAGACAGUGGCAGGUGCUUUCAAGUUGAAAGACAGUGUGUCAGAAUGGAGGAAAGGGUUAAAAGACCUACGGAAAUGGCCAGACAUUGAGAUUCCAGGCUUAACUGAAUUGCAUUCAUUCUUAAAGUUCUGUUAUGAUCAACUGAAGGAUGAUCAGAAAAGGAAAUGCUUCUUGUAUGGUGCAUUGCUUCCAGCAGAGAGCAAGAUUUAUACAGAUUAUUUACUGGAGUGUUGGGCUAUAGAAGGACUUGUUGGCAAUACCGAUGAGAAGAGGAGAUUUCAAGAAGCACUUGAUGAAGGGUAUGACACAUUGAAGUAUCUAACAAAUGUGUCAUUACUAGAGAAAGGUGAAAGGAUGAUUUAUGUUCAAAUGAACAAUAGUAUCCGACAGGUUGCUUUGUAUAUUGCUUCACAAGAUCCCGAUUGUAAAUUCUUGACUGGGAUGAGUGAAAAUUCACCUGAUUGCUUGGAAGAAAAUGAUUGGGAACAAGCAAAGAGGAUCUCCAUGAUUGACAAACAGUUGAGAGACUUGCCGGAAAGCCCCAAUUGUAUCAUGCUUUUGUCACUAUUACUACAGAGAAAUUCAAAUUUGACAGAAAUCCCCCAAUCCUUUUUUGAAAAUAUGAAGUCACUUUUGGUUUUGGACCUAUAUGGAGCUGGGAUUGAAUCACUGCCACCAUCUUUAGCAAAGUUGUCACUUCUAAAAGGGCUUUACUUGAAUAAUUGCAUCCAUCUAACAGAGUUGCCCCCCCAAGUUGGAGAACUUCAUUGUCUUGAGGUACUUGACAUUAGAGGCUGCAGGAUAAGAAGCUUCAUUCCAUUUCAUAUUAAAAAACUGGUUAACUUAAGGUGCUUGCGAGUGUCAUACUAUAAAUCCAGCAACCCAAAUGACUGUCAAGAUAUGGACAUUGACUGCAACGUGAUUCCAUUGCUUGCCAAACUGGAAGAAUUGAUGAUUGAUGUGGGUUCUUAUGAUCAUUGGUGCAAGGAGGUUGUUGAUGUAAUGAGGCAAGUGGCUACCUUGGAGAAUCUAACUACUCUCAGAAUCUGCUUCCCUAAAUCAGAGGUCCUCGAGACUUUUAUGCAGCACAGCCCAUCAUGGAAAAAACGACAACAACUCACUUCCUUUUGGUUCUAUGUUGGUUGCCAAAACAGGAAACGUCCUCAAAUUCUCGAGUAUUUUAAGUACAAAAUCAAUCGGUAUUUGGGAUAUUGCCAAGGCAAGCUUGGUGAUUACUCAAUAAUUUGUGAUCUGCUUCCAGAAACUGAUGCAUUGGAAUUGGUUGAACACAAAGAUGUCACGAGUCUGGUGGAUUUCGUGAAUGUUGACAGCUUUAACAGGAUUCGUGGUUGUCUAAUUGAAAGGUGCAACAAAAUGACAACUAUUGCUGAUGGCAACAGGACACAAGGUAGAGUCAUCCUACCAAAUCUAGAGCAAUUGCAUUUGGUUAAUUUGCGGUGUCUGCAAACCAUUUUUGAGGGCUCCCUCUCAACCAACAGUCUUUCUAAAUUGCACACAUUGGUGGUGACGAGUUGCCCAAUUUUGAGAAAAAUUUUCACCCUCGGGGUGAUUCAACAACUCUCAAAACUUCACAAACUAGCAGUUCAAAAUUGCGCUGAGAUGGAAGAGCUAAUCGAGAAAGCUGACAAUGCUGGCCAAGUUUCACCUUCUUUUUCAAAUCUAGAGACACUUGUAUUGAUUGACAUGCCAAAACUAAGGACUAUAUCCGUAGAUAAGUCAUUGGCAUGGCCCUUAUUGAAAGAGCUUCAAGUUUACGGGUGCCCUGAAUUGAAGUCACUACCAUUUGACAAAGACAAUGCAGCAAAUCUGAAAUCCAUUGAAGCAGAACAAGUAUGGUGGGAAACAUUGUGUUGGCCACAGAAUGGUGUCAAAGAACAGCUUCAAUCAAUCUGUCAUCUAAGGAUUUCGAGGGAAAGAAAUAUGAAAGCUUCGGGAAGUCGAGGACCAAUUUGAGCAAACAAGAAAGCUAUUUCAAUGGAUGAUCACAAACAAAAUGCUACUAUUAGGUUUUCCUAGCCCAAGUAAUUCCGUGAGUCCUGUACCGGUAAUGCAGCUGGCUUGGCGGCCAAUUCAAGGUCGAGGACGGCAGCUGCAGUUGGUAAAGGAGAUGGCGAUUGAAGUGGUGCAAAUUUUGCUAGCAAGGGGAAUACUUCUGUCACAUAUUGGGAAAGAAAUAAUGUAUGCCUGGAAAACAUUUACCAUAUAUGCAAAUAGAGAAAAGAUAAAGGGGUAAUUAGGCUUUUCAUGAAUAUUGUUCAAAGAUUACUGAUUUUUUGU